UAACCACGGUCAUUAGUACUUAGCGGUUCCAAUAGUCCAAACGUAUGAACAAAACUGACACGACCUUCUCGCAUACGUUCCAACAAUGGCAAUUUACACGGUCGACUACAUACCGCGGAACGGUGAAUCCCAAAUCUCUCAACGCAAAACUGGUUCCGCCAUCAAUCAUCGACGCGAUUUUUUGUGCUCGCUUUGUUCUCAUUCCUUUUUAUUAAAAGUUUCUACAAGCUUACGUCAUUUUACGAUAAAAAAAAAUACUUGUAGAUGUUGUCUAUUGUUGAAGCGGUUCAAAUCGCAGUAUAUAAACCCCGACGAUGGCAAAGAUAUUUCAUCAGUUCCAGGGCUGUUUUUGUACAGUGGACACCAAGAUGAAAGUUAGCUUCGUAAUUUUGGCAGUUUGUGUCUGCCUAGUUUAUGGAGGCAAAUAUGGAGGAGGUGGUGGAGGAGGAGGAGGAGGCGGUGGUGGAUUUGGAGGCGGCGGUGGUCAUCAUGGAGGAGGAUUUGGUGGCCAAGGGGGUGGUGGCCAUGGAGGUGGUCUUGGCGGAGGCGGUGGUCUCGGCGGUGGUCACGGCGGUGGUCUUGGCGGUGGUCUUGGUGGAGGCGGUGGUGGCCAUGGAGGAGGUGGACAUGGAGGUGGCGGCCAUGGAGGAGGAGGUUUUGGAGGAAACCAAGGAGGUGGAGGAGGUCAUGGAGGAGGAUCGGGUGCAUGGAGUCAAUCCUCAAGUUCUGCUGGAUCUUAUGGACAUGGAGGAGGAUAUGGAAAGAAAUAAACGCUGUGCCCAGAAUAAAAUACGUUAUACAAUUACUCACAAUACCUCCUUUUACUAACUGUAACUAUUUUUGUUAGUUUUUUACAAAAAAAUUGAAUAAACUGUACUUUUUUGGAAAAAAAA